GUAAAGUGGCGUUUAGUAAAAAUGUGCCUGUUGUAGAAUACUCGACUCCGGAAUUAAUUGGACAAUCAGUUGCAUUACAAACAGGAAAUGCAGAGGGAGGUUGUACUGAACCUGUAGCACCUAUUGUAACAACAAGUUUGUCAAGUGGGUUGAUAGAUCGACCAGUCACCUCUUUUCCA